CGGUCCUAGAAUGAGCUCGGGGCGGCCUCUCGUCCGGCCUGCAAGCGCCCACCCUCGACGUGCGCUGGAGCGCAAGCUCUCGGACAGCGGGAUUCCCGUACCCCCGUCGACCGACACCACCAAGGCCACCAGCGGCAAAGCCACUGUAGCGUCCAAGCUCAAGACAUCUCCGCCGCCAGCUGUUGUGACCAGCGCGCCGCCCAAGCCACAACGCACACAGUCGAUGGUGUCGCAUCUCAUCUCGCCGCGCACGUCGCUUCCAGAGCGACGACCGUCCGCCAUCACGCGGCCCCGAUCGGCGACGAGUAGCAGUUCCAUCGAGGCGAAGCGACUGACGCCCCGAAGUAAAGCGGCGUCUGCGAGGACGCUCGAUGAAGGCGUCGAGGCACGUAGCAAGCUCAUUCCUCCAACAUCACUCUCCUCGACCAGCGACGUCCUUGCAGCCAGCAAAAACGAGAGCGUCGCUGGUUUGAAAAACCAAGUGGAAGUGCUCGAGCGCGCAAAGCAGUCGCUCGAGGUGAGCGCGGCCACGAAAGACGACGUCGUGCGUCAUUUGCAGCAGCAAGUGGCGCAUCUCCAGUCGGUCUUGGCGGAUACGCAAAAGAUCUGCGCCAAAUUCCAAGGCGAUUGCAACGCGCUUGCCGACAAGGCGCUUACCUGGAAGAAAAAGUACGAAGACCUUGUCGUCGAGCACGAAGCGCUACAAGACGCUGGUCGCCUCAGCGUGGUCUCUCACUCGUGGGACGUGGGCGACGACGACGACGACGCGAGCGCGACGAUCGUCGAGCGCUUCCGCAGUGACGACGGCGAGCUAACGUCCACCGAGCAUUGUAUGCCAGGGCACCUCCAAUACGAGGACGACGAGGACGAGAACGACAAUGGUGGCAACGCGCCACCUGCGCACGAACGUCAGAUUCAAGCGUUGCAAGCUGAGGUGGCGAGUCUGCGCGCGGCGUCGCAUGAGGCCAAAGUGCGCGAACUCGAGAACGAGCUCCAGCGCUUCAAGCAGCAUAUUGUGCACUUGUCCAAUGACCAUGACGAACAAGUGGCCGAGCUCCAGCUGCAGCUCACCCAAUGCGAUCGUACAACGCCCACUGACGACGGAAUGCGUGGUAGCAGUGCGCAGCGCAAGUACGAGCACGUGCGCAAGCAGCUCAACAUCGCACGCAACGUGAUUCGCGAACUUCAAGCGCGCGCUGUGAUCCAAGCCAAGUGCCUGCAAGAUCAAACCGCCGAGCUCCGAGACGCACGCGUGGCGGCGCAGGAAGUCGUUGCCAAGACGGCGCGGAUCGUCUCACUGCAAGACCGCUGUGAUACCUUGGUCGCGGAGCUGGCCCGUGCGCAGAAGACAACAACGGCACCCACCACGCCGUCGCCGGUUGUCGAAAUCGAAGUCUGGCAGCAGCAAUACCGAGGUGUCGCAGCCAGCUUGAAGAAGCAGAAGGAAACAUACAAGCGGGACACCACCGCGUUGCAGCUGCAGCUCCAAGAAUUACAGCACGAACUGGACGCGCGCGAACAUGGCAACGACCACGCGGCAUUGGCAAAGGAGCUAAACAACGUGCGACGCGCCUAUGGGCGCUUGCAAGAGAGCCUCGCACGCCAGCGUUUCAUACGCGCGAACCUCCGACGCCGCAACAGCCAUCUCGAACGAAGCGUGCUGGCACUGCGAACCGUGCACGAGGCGCUGGCCACUGCCCGUAAAGCGCUUGCGACCAAGGAGUCGGAGCUGCACCACUUGGAGCGCAAGACCUCCACGAUUGAGCGCGUCUUGAACGAAGUACGCGCAGACGCCAAGGCGGGAACGGGUCAGCGGCAGCCGUUCAAGGUGGAAGCGUUGGCGUGGCAGCGCGAGGCCGAGCGAGCGGCGCAGGAGAUCUCGGAGCUCCAGUCAUCCUGUGCUGCGACCAUCGCCUUGCAUGCGACCGCCAUUAUGGUCUACGCCAAGACAGUCUAGGUGCUUUCUUAAUCUGAAAUGAAGGAAUGUAUAUUGUACUGUAA